UGCAAAGUACGUUUUGUCUCUUCAUUUCAUUUGUGCCCCUGGAUCAAUUUCUGUGAGCUUAGACUAGACUUCCUCAGACCAAAUGGAGGCUGCCAACAACAGCCCCGGAAUCAGAGAAGAAGGCGAGCUCUCUCCCGACGACGCUGACGACAUUCAAGUUACUAAAAGGCUCAAAUCUGUGGUUGAUGAUACGAUUGAUGAUGCUGAAGAUGAGUUCAUUGACAUUGAUUAUAUGUUUGGCUAUGUCUGCGCUUUGUGUCAUGAUGGCGGUGACCUCUUGUGUUGUGAAGGGAGGUGCCUAAGGUCAUUUCAUGCAACUCCAGAGACUGGUCAGGACUCUGGUUGCGUAUCUCUUGGCUUUACGAAGGAUGCAGUAGAUGCAAUGCCUAAUUUCUUAUGCCAGAACUGCAAAUACAAACAACACCAGUGCUUUGUUUGUGGAGAGUUGGGAUCUUCAGACAAAUCUUCAGGUGCUGCUGAGGUUGUUCCCUGUGUUUCUCCGGUAUGUGGUCAAUUCUACCAUCCACAUUGUGUUGCAAAAGAACUUUCUCAAGAUAAUGGAGUUCCUGCUGAAGAACUUGAGAAAAAGAUUACAAUGGGAGAAUCUUUUACAUGUCCAGUUCAUAAGUGCCGCGUUUGUAAACAAGGAGAAAAUAUUAAGGAUCACGGUUUACAAUUUGCUGUGUGCAUGCUCUGUCCCAAGUCAUACCACAGGAAAUGCCUGCCAAGUUUUAUUCCUUUUGAAGACGAAGGAACAUGUGGUGAAGGAAAAUUAGUAACAAGAGCUUGGGACGGAAUAAUGCCUAACCGUAUACUAAUAUAUUGCAUAAAACACGAGGAAGAUAAAACAACUAAACUUUUUGUAAGGGACCACAUAAAAUUUCCUGCUGUUAAAGAGAAGAGGAAACUGACACCACAGUCUAUUGUAGACAGAAAGCAAGUUGCGUCUAUGAUGAUAAAUCCUUCAUUGGAAGAAUCAUACAGAGAAAGAACUGCAAACACAGAAUUCAAACAGAAGGAGAAACCAUCUUUUGCUAGAAAGCGUGGAAAUUUGGAUGCACCUAAUACAGAUACAAAAAGGAGAAAUCCUAAUUUGAUGAUUAAUUAUCACGCGCUGUCUGGUUCUGAGGUAAGUUUCUUGCAAUUCAGAAUAUUGGGCUUAAUGGAGAAGGCUGCAUCUUCAAUAACCUUGAAAGAUAUAUUAAGGAAGUACCCAGUUCCAUCUCAUACUUACUCCAUCAAAAAUGUUGUGGACACGAAAAUGUCAUUGGGAAAGGUGGAAGUCUCGAUUGAGGCCGCUAGAACAGCAUUGAGAAAACUAGAUGAAGGGUGCAGUACCAAAGAUGCAGAAGCUGUUUGUGGGCCUGAGGUUCUUAAACAGAUAUUUAGAUGGAAGACAAAGAUGAAUGUUUAUCUCGGUCCUUUCCUUCAUGGCAUGCGCUACACAUCCUUUGGUCGUCAUUUUACGAACGUGGAGAAACUAAAACAGAUUGUAGAUAAGCUCCACUGGUAUGUGAAGACCGGAGAUAUGAUUGUGGACUUUUGCUGUGGUGCUAAUGACUUCAGUGUCAUUAUGAAAAAAAAGCUUGAAGAGACGGGAAAGAAUUGCUACUACAAGAACUAUGACCUUUUUCAAGCUAAGAAUGAUUUUAAUUUCGAAAAGAAGGAUUGGAUGACUGUCCAGAGAGAGGAGUUACCCAUGGGAUCUCGGUUGAUCAUGGGGCUGAACCCUCCUUUUGGAGUUAAAGCAUCUCGGGCGAACCAGUUCAUUGAUAAGGCUCUCGGGUUUAAUCCAAAGCUCCUAAUUCUUAUUGUUCCAUCAGAAACACAAAGGCUGGAUCAGAAGGCAUCACCUUAUGAUCUGAUUUGGGAGAAUUCUCAGCUUCUAUCAGGAAAGUCAUUUUAUCUACCUGGAUCAGUUGAUGUGAAUGGUAAACAUAUAGACCAGCAUAAUGUGAUUCCACCUCCUCUCUAUCUCUGGAGUCGUCCUGAUUGGUCUUCGGAACACUAUGCUAUAGCUCAAGAGCAUGGUCACAUUUCUAUACCCCAGUCAGCAACGAUUGAGAACAGCAGCACUCAUUUUGAAGACCGAAUCAGGGUGCACUGAAAUGUUGCAUAGUUGUUAGAGCUUAAAAUUUAGAAUUAGAAUAUUGUGGCUUUAUUAGAAUUAGAAUCAGAAUCACAUGUAGACAAAGGAAUGAAAACAUUGUGAAGCCUCUGCAAUUCUGGGCUGGCUAUGAUGUUUUGUGUUAGAGAGGUGUGCUACAAUACUUCCAUCUACUGUUUCAGAACGUUUUCGUCAAUAUUAAUAUUAUUCACCAAACAAGUCUUAUGGUUAAA